AUGGUCGCUUCGUCGCAGCCGCUCGCCAGCGAGGCCGGCCUCCGCACUCUGCGGGACGGCGGCAACGCGGCGGACGCGGCGGUCGCCAUGGCGGCGGCUCUUGCGGUGUGCGAACCGUGCAGCACCGGACUAGGCGGGGACGCGUUUCUCCUCUUCUACCGUGCAUCGACCCGCACAGUGCACAGCAUUCAGGGCAACGGCCGCUGCCCCGCUGCGCUCUCCCUCCCGCACCUCGCCACACUCGGCUUCUCCCAAGCUUGCCCCCUCCCCCCCUUCCACCCCUUCACCGUCACCGUUCCCGGCGCCGCCGCCUGCUGGGUCGACGCCAUCCAACGCUUCGGAUCGCGCCACGUGUCGCUCCAGGAGGCCCUCGAGCCGGCUGUACAGCUGGCGGAAGGUGGUUGGCCCGUGCCGCCCCUGACAGCUGGCCAGUGGGAGCGAGGCGUGAAGCAGUUGAAGCAGGGAGGGCCACAUGGCGGCGAGCUAUUGGUGGACGGGGAGAGGGCUCCGAGGGCUGGCGAGGUGUUUAAGAACCCGGGCAUGGCCACCACACUGAGGCUGUUGGGAGAGCAAGGCAAGGAUGGCUUUUACAAGGGCCCAGUAGCCGAAGCCAUAGUGAGAGCAGUGCAGGCCCAGGGCGGGGUGCUGUCUCUACAAGACCUCGCCUCCCACGCCUCCUCCUUCGCCCCCCCCAUCAGCACCACCUUCCACGGGCUCACCAUCUGGGAGGUCCCUCCCCCCACUCAUGGCCUUGCUGCGCUCAUCGCUCUCAACAUCACCGAGGCUUACUACUCCAAGCACGGCGUUCCCGAACCUGCCCGGGAGGCUCGGAGAGCGGAGCCCGAACCUGCGGGUGAGGCUCGGAAGGAGGGGUGGGUGAAGGGGGAGGCAGAUUAUGCGCAUGUGAUGAUUGAGGCGAUGCGGAUGGGGUUUGCAGAUGCGCUGACGUGUGUGGCUGACCCGGAACACGUCCAGGUGCCUCUGGGGGAGGCUUUAUCUAAAGAGUACGCAGCCAAACGAGCUGGGGAGAUUGAUCUCAACCGGGCAGGGAUCGUUGAGCCAGGGAUUGGGGCAUGGGGAGGGGUUGGGACCGAUACGGUGUAUUUCUGUGCGGUGGACGGGGAGGGCAAUGCGUGCAGCAUGAUCAACUCCAACUACAUGGGAUUCGGCACGGGGAUUGUCCCCCGAGGCAUUUCAUCCCCCAACCCACACGCCCUAGCUCUCACUGCCUCCCUCUCCCUCUCCCUCUCCCUCUCCCUCUCCCUCUCCCUCUCCCUCUCCCUCUCCCUCUCCCUCUCCCUCUCCCUCUCCCUCUCCCUCUCCCUCUCCCUCUCCCUCUCCCUCUCCCUCUCCCUCCACCCCUCUUCCCCCUCUCCUCCCUCCUUCCACCUCGUAUGCCCCACAAACGGGCUUGUUCCUUCUGACCCAUAG